AUGCCUCAACAAGUAAUAACCUCAAAGAGUACCCUCAAACAACCGCUCAAUUCAAAAUCAUGGUCCUACCAUCUCACAAUAGACACUCUCCUCGCCGUGCUAAACCGCACAAUCCUAAACCCCUUCAUAGCCUGGGUAGUGGUCUUAUGUCUCCGCGCACAAGUAACUCCAACGACAGACGUGGCCUUUAUUCUAGCAGUGGCUUUUGCUUCACUUCUGACUCUAGUAUUUGUCGCGCGCGUCAUUAACCAUCGCGUGGCGUACGGCAUUCCGCGUACUGUUGACUCGGCGCGUGAGGUUGUGCUUAUUACUGGUGGAGCGAGUGGGCUGGGACUGCUUAUUGCGCAAAUCUAUGGCAUGAAGGGGGGUAGUGUAGCUGUUUUGGAUAUUCGGGCUAUGGACGAAGGGGAGCAGGAUGAGGUUUUUGGGGAGGGGGUUUUGUAUUAUCAGUGUGAUGUUGGGGAUCGGAAGGCGUUGGAGGAGGUUCAAGGAAAGAUUGAGGCCGAGCUUGGAACGCCGACUAUUAUCAUUAAUUGUGCUGCUUCUCGGAUCAAUGGCCAACCACUGCUAGACUUGCCCGUGCAUGCCUUUGAAAAGACAAUUCGCACCAAUCUCCUCGCUGCAUUCCAUCUUUAUCAGGUCUUUUUGCCCGGGAUUGUAGCGGCUGAGAACGGAGGUACCAUAGUCACUGUCAGUUCAGUGAUCGGCCAAUUGGCCCCAAAUGGACUGUCAGACUAUGCUGCAAGUAAAGCAGGUCUCAGCGCAUUGCACAGGACACUUGAAGCCGAGUUUCGCAGUGAUGGCAAUAUCAAGACGCUGUUGGUGGAAAUUGGUCAGAUGUCGACGCCGCUGUUCGACUGGGUUCGCACGCCGAGCCAUUUCUUUGCACCUGUCCUUGAACCAGUCGUUGUGGCUCGUGAAAUUGUGGCAGCGGUGAAUAGUGGUCGGGGAGGGGUGCUGAGGCUGCCGGUGUUUUCGAUGUUUGUCAAUUGGUAUGCUGUGUUCCCAGCUGCGCUGCAGGUCAUAGCUCGGUCUUUGAGUGGAAUCGAUAAUGCCAUUUCUUCUGGUAGCCGAAAUCGAGAAUCACAAAGCUCGAAAGAACGGACUGACUGA